AUGGCGCGCUCCGCUGCCGUCCUCCUUGCCGCCUGCCUGGUCGCUCUCAGCGGCUACGCCUCUGCGGAUACCACAGGCGCCUCCCUCAACAGCUACGGCUACACCUUCGGCAGCGAUAUCACAGGCAGGCGGCCGCCCCCGCCGGAGCGCCUCCCUUCACCUCCCGCGCUUCCCCCGCUCCACACCGUGCCUUCAGGCUACCUGGACAUCUCCCAGGACGUGUGCGACAUCACCACCGCCAUCGACGCUGCCGACUUUGCCACCGCCGCCGCCAUCUACACCGUCGGCCAGAACUCGGUCCGCAGCGACGGCACCAAGCGCACGCUCGCGGCCUGGGCGGAGGGUGGCGAGGAUGACGAGCCUCACUGGGGCCUCUACGCCCGCUACUUCAACGAUUCCGCCUGGCUCAACACCUUCAUCACCGCCGGCCUGGAGGGCACCGCCCCCUGGACCGUGGAGGACGCCCGCAAGCAGAUUGUGAAGAAGGGCAUCCAGUCCAACCUGCAGGCCGCCUACAUGUUCCACGAGGUGGAUGAGGCGGCGGAGGCGGUGGAGGCGGGAGAGAUCGACCCGCUGGAGGGCGCGCCGCACGUGGUGGACGAGGGCGCCGCCAUCUACUUUGGCACGAAGUGCGCUGGCGGCAGCAUCGCCGACGUGGCCAUCAAGCGCGCCAAGGCCUUUGGCACCAUGGUGGCCGACGCGAGCGGCGCCUGCGUCGCGCCCACUAAUGUGGCGGUGGCCGAGGCAUUCAAGGGCCUGCAGGCGGCGGCCGUGGCGGGCGACGCCGCGGCCUAUGAGGCUGCCACCGCCGCGCUGGAGAAGCAGAUCGUCACCAUCUUCACGCAGAUCACCGCGGCCUUUGUGGCCACCCUGGAUGCCUAUGGCAUCACCGCCGCCGAGCUGGGCACCCUCGACGCCGUCAGCGCGUGCGCCACGGAUGACGCCCUCCUCGCCCUGAGCGCCUGA